AGGGCUAUGUUCCCACCAGAUUUGACUGUGGAAAUGUUUGGAAUUAAGGCUGAAAAUAUGAAUAGAAUAUACCAACAAAGUUCUUGUCCUUUCUCGCGAAUAAGUCGAAAAAGCAUCCUCGGAACUUUGCAUCUAAUAAGUUAUUCAGUACUAUGGCCGAAGCACUUACACUGAUCGGAGGCCUUGCAGCUAUCAUGCAAUUGAGCGGGACUAUGGUGAACUUGACAGGAAACCUGCGUACGUGUGUAAAUACCAUACGCUCGGCACCGAAAGAGAUCGAAUCUUUCAUACUCGAAACCUCCGUAUUUACUGAUUUGUUGUGCUAUUUUCACGAUAUAACUAAAGAGCUUGCCGAUAAAUUGGACCGGAGAUUCGAUGCUACAAGGGUUGCGUUAAUCCGGAAGAUUACAGGGCAAUGCGAAGUCGUUAAGGACGGAUUCGCUCAUCUUGUGGCGCGCUUUGGCGAAAUUAACAGCGCUCAUGCUGCGCCAUUCAAUACGCUUUGGGUUCGAAUUCUAUGGCUUUGGAAAAAGCCGGAUGUACCGGAGUUACGUCUGAGCAUCCAAAGCGCAAUAGCUAAUCUUCUGUUGAUCUCGAACUGCUUCAAACUCGAAGAGAAAAUAAGAAGCCAUGGGAAAGACGGCGAGAUUAAAAUGCUUCAAGGGAAGCUUAUAAACUAUGCGUCGACGGCUAGAAAGCUGAGGUGUAAGCUCGCUAAACGUCAGAGGCGCAAGCGUCCGUCGGAAAGAUUGCCCGAAAUAGACGAGUUGGAGGAUUAUGUUAUCGAUACGAUCGAAUCGCAUACUUCACAUCCAGAACCUCCGCGUCAAGGCCAACGAAAACCUCUAUUUGCGAAAAUAGGAGGAAAAUGGGUUGAAGCAAUAAUGACCGAGGAUGGUAUUCGUCUCAAACGCCCAACAUCGAGUCAAAGCACAAAUGAGAGAUUAGAGAAAGGGCUUUCUCGUGCUCAAGCCUGGGUCCAGGUCGUUUAACUCUGUUUUAGAGAAUGACUGCCUAGUCGAUCAUGGCAAUGGCGUGCGUAUGGAUAUCGGUAA